CUUCUUCAUGCAGCUUCACACUGGACCACACUGGAAUUAAGGAUAUAAUUUGAAAAUUGAUUUGAUUUCUGGAGUUACAAGACUAUUGAGACAAAUCUCAGCGUGGAAGAACACCAGUCAGUGUCACAGCUGCUCCUCAUAACCUCCCAAGCCGGUUCACGGAUUUUCGACAUUAACUGAAAUCAACUGGACUUUUCAGUGGGAUCCGGGAGAAGGAUAAGAAAAACAUUACGAAGACAGGCGUGGAAAUUAGCUUGACAUUAAGAUCCGCGCCCUGCUAAAUUCUGAAGUCUUCACAUUGGGUCGGAUUUCAGAUCAAAGAUGCUAUUAAAUAUAAAACAUAUUUUAUGGUUAUGCUGCAUGCUUCCUUUGUCUGCUGCAGCACUUCAAGAGAGCACAGUGAUCAUGAAGAUGGAGAAAAGCCCCCCAGUCAGUGGGUCUCUAUCUGGCAAAGUAGUGCUUCCCUGUCAUUUUUCAACAAUGCCCACUUCGUCACCCAGCCAAAAAACAGGCACUGACUACCUGAGAAUCAAAUGGACCAAAAUCGAGCGUGGGAGCGAGUUAACUGUACUUGUGGCACAAAACGGGGUAAUUAAAAUUGGUCAUGGAUACAAGAACAGGGUGUCGGUGCCCAGCCACCCUGAAGACGUUGGUGAUGCCUCGUUGACGGUUGUUAAGCUCCGGGCAAGUGAUGCUGGCCUCUACCGCUGUGAAGUGAUGUAUGGAAUUGAAGACACGCAGGACACUGUCACACUCGAUGUUAAUGGUGUUGUGUUUCAUUACCGGGCCUCCAGCAGCAGGUACACCCUCACCUUCGAGCAGGCCAAGCAGACCUGUAAGGAUGUUGGGGCCACCAUAGCCUCUGUGGAACAGCUGAAUGCGGCCUACGAAGAUGGCUUUGACCAGUGUGAUGCUGGCUGGAUGGAAGACCAGACUGUCAGGUACCCAAUUACUAAACCCAGGGCGGGUUGCUAUGGAGAUAAAAUGGGAAAGCCUGGUGUCAGAACAUAUGGAGUCCGCCACCCCACGGAGACAUAUGAUGUGUAUUGCUAUGUAGACAAAUUGGAAGGCGAAGUGUUCUUUACUCCGGCCCUUUCCAAGGUGACCCUCAAGGAAGCCGAGGAAGAGUGUGCGACAAAGGGCGCUGUCCUGGCCUCCACUGGACACCUUCACUCAGCCUGGAGAAAUGGUCUCGACAGGUGUGACUAUGGCUGGCUCUCUGACGGCAGCGUUCGAUACCCUAUCGCCGUAGCCCGGACCCAGUGUGGGGGGGGGCUUCUGGGCGUCCGGACAUUGUACCGCUACAGGAACCAAACCGGCUUUCCUAGCCCCACAGAAAAGUUUGGCGCCUACUGCUUCAAAGGUAGAGAGCCCAUAAAAGAAACCACUGCUGUUGAGCUAACCGUGGAAGGUGUUAUGCAACCAUCCGAAAGGAUAACCCUUUCUGAAGCAUCAUCAUCCACACCUGCAAAGUCCACUUCAGCUGUCCUAUUGUUGGAGACAACUACAAAAAAGGCUCCAGUUUUGGAAUCCACCAGCCCAGAGAAAGAAUUUGAUACAGAACCUGAGGUCCACUCAAAAACUGAUGCAGGUAUAAGUUAUGCUCCUGCAGGAACGGUGAAGCCUACAUCAUAUGACGGAAGAGUGGAAGGAGAUAGCACUAAAUUAGAUGAAGAUAUCUCCUCACCCAUCGCUUUGGCCUAUUCUGUUACUCCAGAAUCUAAAACAGAUGGAACUCAAUUGCCUGGAACUGAAAAAACCUUCACUCAUUUUCCUGAAGAUGCUGGAGCCAAAGAAACAGUCACUGGUGAAGAAACUGCCACAGAUUCACCAUCCAUGUUCUCAACAAGCAUGGCUAGUCCGUUCAAGGAGUUCACUACCAGGCAUGUCGAACAUGACGAGGUUAGUGAGAUAGUGAUAGUACCAACAGUCACAUCAGCUACAGGUGUGGACAAAACAGAUGACAUUUUGACAGAGAAAACAGAAACACCAUUCAUGACUACAGUGGACAAUGUAGUGGAUUAUGACCUGAAUACUGAAAUACCUUUGCAGGCCUUCCCACAAGGAGGUGAUACAUUUUAUUCAGUCAGUACUUCGGAGUUUGCUGGCCAUGUCGAUCUACAGACUACGCCUGUGCUGCCUGUUUUACAAAGUUUACUCACAAUUAAACCGUUCCCUCCACAAUCCGAUGUUGAAGAUGAUGCAAUGGAAUAUCCAGAAAAAAAUGAAACUGAUAUGUUUACAAGGCAGCAGGUCCAAUUGACUUCUGUAAAGGAAGAUAAAACUGAAAGUGUGUCUAUUUCUGAGCUCCUUUCCUCACCUACUUCCCUGUCUGAUCAGAAACCGAAGGGUGACGACCAAGCUAAAGACGGUAGUGGGAGUGAAAUACUCAAAGCUAGUUCAGUGCCUCGUGCGUUCGCAAGCACAACCUCCACAGAGACCCACACGCAACAAAAUGUUCAUGUGGCACCUGAAUCUGUUUCUCCUGAUGCUUCAUUGUCUGUCAAGCUGACUGAAAAAAUCCUUCAUGCAGUAGGUGCCACAGAAGGACCCGAGAAAGGCAGGAGUGAAGAGUAUGUGACUACGAUGUCUAUUUCACAUUUAAGUAGCUCUUUCCAGCCUUCCGAUGAAUUGCUGAGUGGCUCUGGCGAUGUUCCUGUACCCACUGAAACCACUAGACUUAUCAGCAGCCAGCCUCCAGGAAGUGAAGUGAAGUCCACAUUUAUAACCGAAUACCAACCUUCGAUCAGAGAGGUAGAAAAAACAUCUGCUCACCCCACUGCACUAACAGCUGAAGCUGAAGGGUCACCUUUGUAUAAAGAAGAUGCAACAGUAGCUGCCAUUGCAGAUGCAGACUCCCAGAGCACUCUGACUACAUCUUUAGUCAGAGAAAUAAAAAGGCCUACACAACAAGCCAAACCUGAUCAUUCACACGUAGAAAGAAACGGAAUAAUAGCAACUUAUGAACCCAUUACAGUAGGAUCACAGACAACUAAAAAUGAUUAUUUAGGGCACGAGCAAUCAUCUACUGUAAUUGAUCUUAUAACUACUCCAGAAAUCACAUUAUCAUCUGCUGUUACAGAUUUUGACACAGAAGAGUCAAUUGAAUCUACAUCAUCUGUAGCUCAGACCUCUGGAGCAGGUACCUCAGAGAAAUUAAAGGACUUGCCUAUUACUGAACAACCUGAGAUUUCUGUUGCGGCCUCUACACCUUUAACACUGUUAUUUAGUAAGACCCCUGUGGUCACUAUAAUGCAGUCAGGUGUUUCCGAGGAAUCUAGUGGCAUGAGCCCAGAAACAUAUUUUGAGCUAAGGUCAACAGAAGAGGUUCCCACUGAGUCUACUAUUCUGAAAUCCUCAGUAAUAUCAUUUACGGUUGGCAGGCCAGAAUUUGCCGGAGAAACUAGUGUCCCUCUCCAGGUACAUAACACAACCAAUAUCAUUUCAACUGAGACAAGUGAGGACCUAGUGAAAGAGGUUGUCAGCAGCAAAGAGACUGCACCUACAUCAGCCUCAGAGAAGAUUGUGAUUGUAGACACAGUCAAAUAUAUGAAUCUACCAGUCACAGAUGAAGAAGGAAGUACUGGCUCUGAAAUUGACUCGGUCACACAUACAACAGUCUCCAUUCUGCAGAAGGAGGUAACAACCACUCAGACUCUGGAAGACUACAAAUCAACAGCAAGCCCUGAAACUGAUUUUGACCAGACCAUGACUCCACUGGAUAAAGUAGAAACUGAAAUCUUUGUUGAGGGACAACCACCCACUCAACCAUCCCCUGAUGAUGAGAAUGGCUCUGGAACAUUUUUCCCUUCUUAUGUAACUUCACCAAAACAUGUUGAAUUAAUUACCACCAGAGCAACCCACUUAUCUUUCACUCCAACGGUAGAUAUUGAACUUACUUCUGAUACCACAGAUGUGCAAGACACAACUAAAAAAUUUACUUCUGUGUUUGAGCCUACAGAAUCUGCAAAACAUUAUGUAUCUACAGAAACUAUCACCAUUUUGCCAGAGCCUUCUAAAUUGCCACUAGGUGGAGCUGCUCUUUUUCCAGGCGAAAAACAGACUAGUGAGGAACAAGAUGCAGCAGAAGGUUCUGCUAUGUCAACUCCAGAACAUAUUCAGACACUUCCAGAAAGCACGACUCUGUCAUUUCUGCCUAUAGAAGUUGGAUCACCUACAAAGGAAGAAAGUUCCAUAAUACAUGAAACAAGCACUGCAUCUCCCACAGAUAUCACAACACCACAAUCAGUCAUAUCUACAAAAGGUUACUAUAUUACGCAUACUCCUGAUCUUCACGAGGAAGCCACUGUUCCAAAACAUGAAGAAGUAAAACCUUCUGAUAAAGAAACACAGACAAUUAUGUCAGAAACUAGUAGCUCUCUGCAGGAAAUGGACUCUCCAACAACAGGGCAAAUCAUUGAGCUAGAUAAUAUUUCUGAACCUACAAAAGACACUGUUUCAUCAGUUCAACAUGUAGGACAAACAGUAAUAGUUUUCAAACAGACUGAAGGGUCUGCAGAUGCUGAAGAAGUGUCAACCACUCAAUCAACUGUGUUCUUAAUGUCAGCUGUAACGACUGUACCAGACAGUAGCACAUAUUCCAAAGUAGAAACUACCACUGAAACGCCACCAAUCCUCACUGAAAGUGACGCAGCUGAUGACACAACAAAAGACAUGGUCAUAAUUGAAGAGUCACAGUCCAAACUUCCAGAAUCUCCAAAAGAGGAAGGUGUAGGCCCGGACACUGUACCUGACAUUGACUCUGAAUACUUCACAACAGCCACUAGACCUUACACUGGUGAGAAGCCAACGCCGCCUGCUCAGGCUAUGGAUUCUACAGCAAGCCCUGAGCUCCAGGGAACCCCUGCAAAUGAAACACAUCCACAGUUCGAUGGCAUUAAUGUCAUUAUUGUCGAAAUUCUUGGGAAAAAUGCCUCAGUUGAUCCUCUUUUAAACUUGCUUGAAGGACCCAGUGGUAUUGCAUAUCCAAGAUCUUCAGAGUCUGAGUCCCCUCCUCAGAUUCCUGAACUCAUGGUCCCAUCAGUACCCAAUGAGCCCAUCCCCAGUUCUGUCGAAGGUGAUCCUAUCUUACCCUGGAGUGGGGAGACAGAUGGCUCUUCUUCUGCUGUGACGAGCACUCCAGUACUGAGCUUCAUCAAUGGAAAACAUCUGGUGACACUUGAGACAGAGCACCAGGCUGCUGAGGAAGCGAGAGGUGACCAAUUUGUGAGCGUGUCCCCCGCAGAAAGUGACAUGUCACACUUGGGAACUGAAAACUGUGUGCUAGAGACAUCAACUGUGCCUGAUUACAGUUUACCGGAAAUGUAUGAAGGCACAACAGCUCAGGAUGCACAGACAACUGAUGGGGAUUAUACAAUGGAAGAUGGCACAGUAACAGAGAAACCCCUUUCCACCACAGCCUUUGCAACAACAGAGUCCCCAUUAUCCAGCAUUGAAACUAAAGACACUAGUUUGCUUGAGGCCUCCGUCCCUUUAAUGCCUUCUGAGACAGAUGAAUUGUCAGGGGAGGGUUCUUCUGGAAUGGAUGUCACUUGGUCUUCCACAGAAACCACAGAGACAUCCACUCUUACAGGAACGCAGGGUCACCAAAGUGUUCCCUUUCAGACAUUUACUGUUCCUAUUCUAACAGCAACAGCAGGUCCAGAGAAUAAAACAGAAACUGCAAAAGAUGAGAGUUCUGUGUCAUUAGUGGCUGCAGGAGAAACAAUCUCUGGAGAGGAUUCCUACUUUGAAAUAUUUACCUUGACAACCAUUUCCCAUGACAGAUUCUCAGACAAAGAUACCACAAGUUUGUCCAAAACAGAAGACAUGCACGCAGAGGAGGACAGGUCUGAAGCCACUAGUUUUGUUGCACAGACGCACACUCAGCUUCCAACUACAAGUAGUGUAUUCCCUAAACAUGAAGAAAAACAAGAAAGCACUGCAUCACCUGCAGAUAGCAGAGAAGAGCAAGCCAUUAUAGCUGAUGGUGAUACCACACUUUCACCUGUUUCAGUUUCAAUCAAUGUUAGCAAGAUCUUGAGCUCCACUUCAAUGGAGAUCUCUGGAGAAAUUCAUUCUAAAGGCCCAUUGACACCAUUAGACACAGUAGAAUUUGAAGGCUCUGGACAGAAAGCGUCUUCUGCUGAAAUUCUCAGAAGCCCCAGUUUGUCUCCUUCUCUUACCACAACGACUGAUGUUUCCACUGCUCAACCCUCAAGACAGGAAGCCACUACUCCUUCAAAAGAUGAGUUUAUAAUCCCAGAGAGAGAUUUUUCCGGUGAUGGUGAACAUGUGGAGCUAACUAGUAAAGCUCUUACUAUUGCCUCAGGUGAUGAAAGUCCUGAGACCCCCACUAAGCUGAGCUUCCUAACUGACUCUCCACUGCCAGAUACAACAGUAACACAAAGGGAAAGGGAACAAACUGAAACAUCGCAGAGAGAGGAAACAGAUCUAGAGAGUGUUGGGUCUGGUGAAGAGCCAGCAAAAAUGGAAUCCGUUACAUUGUUGAGUACUGUUCUUCCCACACCAACAGUCUCUAGUACAUUUUACACAGAUGAGGAAUUUUUUCCCCCUGAAUCGGAAACCAGCAGCACCGCUCCUCCAGCUGAGACCCAUGUUUCUGUGAUGGUAGAUGAACAUACUGUAGGUGAGGUUCUGGCCUCUGCUUCUGAUGACACAAAGAGCACUGCUCCCUCCUCAUUUUCUUCUGUGGUGUAUCAGCAGUUUGAUGAGCACGGAGUGUUACAUUCAAGCCCAACAAGUGGACAGGUGGAAUCCAGCACUAAGGAAUUCGUUGCUACCACAAAACCUUAUGAGAAAAAACAAACUACUUCAUCAGUCAUUAUUUUCACGGAAGAGGAACUAAAUGAAGAUGAGAUUUUCUCCACAGUGACAAGUGGUGUAACACAUGACAAUGCAAAAGUUCACGAUUUCUCAACUGAAGAGUCUAUCAUUGAUGUGGACAUUAAAAUUGAGAAGCCAGUGGUUGAAUCUUCCCCUCCUUAUUCACCUUUUAUUUUAACUGCGGAAGCAGGAGGAGUAACGCCAGUGACUAUUACUCCACAGACCUCACAGACACGGGAAGAUUUUGAAGGCUCUACUGAUGGGAUUUUCACUUCUAAGACCCCUGUCUCUGAAACAAGGCUAUGGGAUUUUGAAGCUAUUAGUUCUGAAACAACAGUAACUCCCAUACCUCAGUCUGAACAGACAACAUAUGAGGAUGAAGAGGCAACAGUAAAGGAGCACACACUGAAAGAUGAGACAGUGCCUGAUACAUUUACAGCUGAAGGAGAAGAUGUAGAACUAAGCACUCUUUUACCAUCCACACCUUCUGAUGCAUAUUCUGUAAAGGACUCAGAUGUUGUUGUCACUGAAUCUUUCCAGGGAACAACUUUACUUCCUGAUGUAGCACACCAUCCCUCUACAGAAGAUCUUGCUGUUUCAAUAUCACAUGAGGCAGAUACCAGCCUUCAUGAAAAAGAAAUUACUCCAUCCCCAACGUCUUCAUUGUCUGAUAAGGAAGAGUCUACACCGUCAGAAACCAUUUCAGGUGUCCAUCCAAUACUUGAUUCAUCUGAAGACCCUGAACUAGUUAUUCAUCUAAGAACCACCAUCUUCCCGGAGUCUGGGAUUAGUCCAUCUAAAAGCUCCUUUGAGGAACUUAAUUCUGAAGAAAGUUCAUCCCAGAAGCCACCUACAGAUUGGAUACUUGAAGAAAAUAUAAAAAGUAGAGAAAAAUCAACUGUAGAACCACCUAUACCACAGGAAAGCACAGAUUCCAUUGUGUCUGCCACCUCUAGAGAUUUCCAUAUCUUUGCAGAGUCACCCUCGGUAUCAUCCGUUGUGCAGGAACCUGGAGUGCCCGCAUUGGGUGACAAGGAACAAGAGCAUACAGGACCUGAAACUGCAGGAUCUGAAACCACUCCUAAAGAAGAUGACAGAGAAGAUUCAUCUGCAUCCCCCACUGCCAAGAUUAAAGAAUUAGAGGGAGCAGUCACCUAUUUCACAGAUUUGGAGCCCACAAAUACUCAAACGCCCUCUCUGAUGCACAGCAUAGACUUGCCUUCUACAGUUGCAUCUCCAGGUAUCGAACCUUCAGGGUCCAGCACACAAUCUGAACCUGACCCAGAGAGUCACCACACGCAAGACAGAGAAGCAGAAACCUCAGUUUCACCGCCCGGCUGGCCAGGUGAAACAACUCAAUAUCCACUUACAAAAGACUAUGAAGACAUUACCCACAGAGAGACUGUUGUAGAAGGCAUGCCACCACUUCUUGAAGAUAAUAGCACUGACCCAGAGAUACCAUCGUCAGGGGAGAUGGUUCAUAUGCCAGGUCACGACUCUUGUGAAGACCAUUUGUGCCGUAAUGGAGGUUCUUGUUACCCAAGAGGCCAAUCAUACAUCUGCACAUGUCCACCAGGUUACAGUGGAGAGCACUGUGAAAUAGAUAUUGAUGAAUGUCAUUCCAACCCCUGUCGAAAUGGAGGCACCUGCAUUGAUAGCCUGAACUCUUUCACUUGUGUUUGCCUGCCAAGCUAUGCAGGGGCUCUCUGUGAACAAGAUACAGAGACAUGCGACUAUGGCUGGCACAAGUUUCAGGGGCACUGCUACAAGUACUUUGCCCAUCGUCGCACCUGGGAUGCUGCAGAGAGAGAAUGUCGUCUGCAGGGUGCUCACUUGACCAGCAUUCUCUCGCACGAAGAGCAGCUGUUUGUGAACCGCCUGGGACAUGACUACCAAUGGAUUGGCUUGAAUGAUAAGAUGUUUGAGCAGGACUUCCGCUGGACUGAUGGCAGGCCUCUGCAAUAUGAGAACUGGAGGCCAAACCAGCCAGAUAGCUUCUUCUCAUCCGGAGAGGACUGCGUUGUGAUGAUCUGGCAUGAGAACGGCCAGUGGAACGAUGUGCCAUGCAACUAUCACCUCACUUACACCUGCAAGAAAGGAACAGUUGCCUGUGGUCAGCCUCCAGUUGUGCAAAAUGCCCGGGCCUUCGGAACAAUGCGGCCUCGCUAUGAAAUCAACUCCCUGGUGAGAUACCACUGCAAAGAAGGCUUCAUUCAGCGACACGUUCCAACUAUCAAGUGCAGAGGCGAUGGAAGAUGGGAUGAACCCAAAAUAUCCUGCCUGAGCCCAUCUACAUACCAGAGGGCGUACGUCAACAUGUACUAUAACAACGCCAGGUGGAAUUCCAAUGGCUCCCAGCGACACCGUCAUCGCUGGGCAGUGAGACAAGACAAGGCCAGGCGCUGAUCCCUAUAAUUGUUCCUGUCCUACAAAGUGACAACAUCUCAAAGCACAGCCAGCCAAAGCCCUUAAGAACAGUGCCUUUAAUAGUGUAUACCAGGAGAGCUGCAUUAUCACCCUUAUACGACCACAUCAAGAAACAAGUGCCUGGUAAAUAUCCAACAUGUUUUAGUGUUUCUUUUUCUAAAUCACAGACACUGAUUUUAUCACAGAAAAAAAAACACAGACACACACAAUCAGAUGGUCUCUGACAAACCUGUCCCCAGCCAAUUUGGUCCACUAACAAGGUCCACUAUGCUGGACCAUAUGCUCACUAUGCUGAAAAAAACAUGUGCAUUCUUUUUUGAACACUCGCUAGUUUUCUAUCUUGUAUUCUGCUUAAGUUGGUAAAGAUGUUUCCAGCCUCAGACUCCACAUCUGUGCUAGCUUGCAAAAAUGACAUAGCACAUACCAAUACUGUAUCACUUACAGUCUUCCAUGUGUUGAAUGGAAAAAGAAUAACUGUAAAUAGGUGACAGUUUAGUGCUUAAAUAAUGUAAAUAAAUAAUCAGAUUUAAGCAGAUGUUUAUUAGACUUUCUCAUUAAAAUGGUCUAAUAGCCAUUGUAUAUGCUGCUCCUUGUGUAGGCUGGAAAUUGACAACAUUUAUUGGACAGAAUAUUAUCUGAGGAGUAAGACAGUGAAUUUACUAAACUUAUUUCAAGCAUUUGAUGACUGGCAUUCAGUACCUUUAUUGAAUGUGAGGUAUGAAAGCAUGCUUAAAAGGAGAAUAGGUGUCAGAUAGCUUACGGUUGAGGGCUGAGCUGUUUCCUUGUGAAAUCGAUCAAACAUUUAAUAGCACUCCAUGCAUAAACAGUUAAAGCACAAAACAUGGGAAAGAUGGGAUUAGGACAGAACUGAAGACUGCAACAUGGAGCUACCCCUGUGUUUAAUGGGGUCAAAAGAUCAACCAUCGGCGUUCAGAGCCUGGAAGGACGUUUGGCACGGAAGAUGGUUUUCUCCACAGGACGUCAGUGCUAAUACACUCUGAGAUGGCAGCUUCGAAUGGCUUGCCAGCACAUACUAAAAUGCCAUUAGAGAACUGCAUUUCGAAUGAUACUUUUAUUGUAAAAAAUAAAUUAAUUCUCUUUGUAUAUAUAACCAGUUUAAUCGUUUUUAUAUAUUAAAAAGUUCAAUCUUUUUGAAUGUGUGUCUAAGUGCUGCAGCUAGACAGCUUUCCUGAGUAAAAAUGAAGAACAGCCAUACAGAUUUAAUUUAUUGGGUAUUUCCUAUUCAUAUAUGUAAGGGAAACUGAUUUUUUAUUUUAAAUGGAGAAAAUAUAUCUUACUAAUGUCCACUAUUAGCCACUGAAUUCCUUGGGAUGUUUACAGACAACUUUAGUAUUUUUUAUAGUGAUGAUUUUUUUUCUCUUUUCACUUAACUGUGGCAAUGAAUUAUGAUUCUUGAUAUAAACUGUGUUCUUUUGCUUAUACUUUAGUGAUUUAUAAAUAACUUAAAACUACUAUUAAAGAAUGUACUUUGUGAAACACUCCAAAAGACUUGAAUGAUUGCCUUUUAUUAGAGAUGCAAUUAAUUUAUUUCAGCUCUAGUUUUUCAUAUGUCCAUGUACUCUGUGAUGCCAUCGCAUUGCAACACUGCAGGGCCUCUUUGGCAAAUUCACCUCUAUUUGGUAUGGACACAACAGAGGAGAGAGAUAGAAAGUGUUGGUUAAUGCGAUUAAGUAGUUAGUGUUAGAUUUGCUCGUAAACACAUAUAUGAGGCAUUCAGUGGGCGGUAAUGGAUCAGCAUGUAUAGUGUCUAUUAAUUAAACCUGCUAUGGCUCGACAUUUAUGUUUUAUACAGAACUCUGCUGCACAUAAUAGUUGUCAACCAUUUGUCUAGUAUCAAAUGGCAAAUGUGUCCUUUUUAAGCCUGUCUGUUUCUAUUUUUUGUGUUUUUUACCAUUAAAAUGCACAUAAUACCUUU